AUUCUUAGAAAACUUAAGGGAUGGAUUCUUGACAAAUGGACUCUUGGAACUCUAUCGAAGGAGCCUGGUCCUGUGCUCUGACAUGAGGGCUCAGGAUGCUGUUGCUACGAGCUGUUCUCCUGCUUCUAGUCCUGCCCACUCAUGGCCAGGACUCUGAGACAGAAGGGCCUGGAGCCGUGGUUCCCCUGCCAAAGGGGGCCUGCACAGGUUGGAUGGCAGGCAUCCCAGGACAUCCCGGCCACAAUGGGACCCCAGGCCGGGAUGGCAGAGAUGGCACCCCUGGUGAAAAGGGUGAGAAAGGAGAUCCAGUCUUCUCAUUUUCUAGGUCUUGUUGGUCCUAAGGGCGACACUGGUGAAACUGGAGUAACUGGGAUUGAAGGACCCCGAGGCUUUCCAGGAGUCCCAGGCAGGAAAGGAGAACCUGGAGAAAGUGCCUAUGUACACCACUCAGCAUUCAGUGUGGGAUUGGAGAGCCGGGUCACUGUCCCCAAUGUUCCUAUUCGCUUUACCAAAAUCUUCUACAAUCAGCAAAAUCACUAUGAUGUCACCACUGGAAAAUUCUACUGUAACAUUCCUGGGCUGUACUACUUCUCCUACCAUAUCACAGUCUACUUGAAGGAUGUCAAGGUCAGCCUCUACAAGAGAGACAAGGCAAUGCUCUUCACCUAUGACCAGUACCAGGAGAAGAAUUUGGACCAGGCUUCUGGCUCUGUGCUCCUCCAUCUGGAGACAGGCGAUGAAGUCUGGCUCCAGGUGUAUGGGGAUGGGGACUCUAAUGGGCUCUAUGCAGAUAACGUCAAUGACUCCACCUUCACAGGCUUCCUCCUCUACCAUGACACCAUUUGAUGACAACUAAUUAGAACCUCCACUGGGCCAAAUAACCCAAAGUGAAGGAACAGUCUACAUGUUUUCAGUGUAGUUAGGAGAUUAAUUUUAUUACCUAGUUGGAGGGCUCUGAACAUUAUUCAUUCAUUUACUCAUUCAUUCAUCAAGUACUUUGUUAAAAAAAUUAUAUACUAUAUUCCCAGUCCUGAAGAAGACAUGGUCCCUGACCUCAAGGAUCUGCUAUGCAGUAACAAUGAAAGGUUAAUAACAUUUCGUGGGGUGCUUUGCACACAAGGCAAGAGAGCUGACUAACAUAAAGUAUUUCACAAUGUUAUUCUGUAUCCACUGUUUUUCCUCAUAUUCAUGCCGAUCCUGUGAGUUACAUAGGAAAGGUAUUCUCCUCUUUUUAUAUGUGGGUCCUGAGCCUGAGAGAGUUAAGUGACUGCCUAAAGUGACACAGGUAUUAAGUGGUAGAGUUAGAAAUCAAUCCCAGGUCUAUAGACCUUCUCCACUAGACCCUGUCCUUUUUAAGGAGUACAUGGCCUCUUGGGAGUAUUGGUAGGGGGUCUAUCACCCAGCUCAUCUGAGAGCCUCAAUGUUGACCUUCAUGGUGAGUUAAGCCUUUCCCUGGUAGAGCUUCCUCAGAGAGGAUAAUUCUAUGACCAUAUCCCAUCCCAACUGGACUACUAAUGGAUCCUGCAUGACUCUGUACUUCUGCUUCUCUGUGUCUUUCCUCAUGUUCUUCUCUUUAGCUCAGAAAGCUACUUCCGUCUCCACGUGCUGAAAUCCUCCCUGUUCAUCAGAGCCACCUAGUCAGGAAGGUUCUCUAAUGUGACAGGUCUUUCCUGCAAACCUUCUGCACACACUGCACACUCUAUAUAUUAUGCUAGAUAAGAGUCCUGAUUAUGAAAGACAUCCUUCCUCCAGGCCAGGGACAAGUGAUGGGAAAGAACUAGGCUUUCUGCACCGCAGAGUCCCUUUGUGAGUCCUUGACAAAUGCCUCAUGAAGACCAAUCUCUUGAAUCUCAUCUCUACCCAGAACUAACUCCAUUCAGUCUCUCCAUAUAACUAAACUUUAUCUAUGAAAAACUUUUCAUUUUAGGAACUCCUUGAAUUUAAGCACCUAAUCCUUAUUUCACUGGAUGGUUUGAAUUUUUUCUAGUGAGGUUUGGGAUGACUGUGCUUUCCAGAAUACUAAGGAAUUUCCCCUCAAUGAAGUAGCUUCAGUCCACAAUGCAAAACACACAAAGGAAUUUGGAAACCAUUCUUUCCUUGAGCCUGGAUCUUCGGAAUCUAUUCUUGUUCUUUAAGUAUUAAAAAAAGAGUAAAAAUAAAUAAAAAUAAAUAAAAAAAGAAGAAAAGGGGAAAAAAGAAAAGAACUAUCUGAGGUGAUGGGUAUGGUAAUCAGCUUGAUUGUGGUGAUGAUUUCACAAGGUUUGUCUAUAGCAAAUCAUCACAUUGUACAUCUAAAUAUAUACAUCUAAAUAUAUACAACUUUAGUUGUCAAAUAUUCCUUAAAAAGAAAAAAGAAUACAGGUGGUUGAUAGUGGUAAAUAGCCUCCCAGGAGACAACAGCUCAAGUAAUGUUUUUCAAAGUUUUUAGCAAAAGCAGAGUUAAUGGUAGGAUUCUUUAUAAACAGAAACAGGAAACUUUUUUUUUUUUUUUGCUUACAGUUUAAAAUUCUGAAUGAUUCCCUUUUGCAUGUGUACUGCUAAUCAUUAAACCAUUAUUAUUUUCACAUACAAAGUCUUGUCUUUAAAAUGUUUGCAUGUCAUCAUUUUCCACAAGUAAAGAUACUCUUCAGCAUUAAAAGUAGAAGCACUUGAAUCACA